GCUACGGCCGUAGCGCUGUGUUAAAGGGGCCGUAGCGCCGUUUUCUGCCGCCGCUGCCCCGGACCCGGCUCCCCCGGGCGGCGCCAUGGCCUAUCAGGGCUUCACGCAGGAGUACCUGGGGAUCCCGGCCGUGACGCGGGCCUACACCACCGCCUGCGUCCUCACCACCGCCGCCGUGCAAUUAGAAUUCAUCACCCCUUUCCAGCUGUAUUUCAACCCAGAUCUGAUUUUCAGAAAGUUCCAGAUCUGGAGGCUGAUCACCAACUUCCUCUUUUUUGGGCCCUUGGGAUUCAGUUUCUUUUUCAACAUGAUAUUUUUGUACAGAUAUUGCCGAAUGCUAGAGGAAGGUUCCUUUCGGGGAAGGACUGCAGACUUUGUCUUCAUGUUUCUCUUCGGGGGAUUUCUCAUGACACUCUUCGGCCUCUUUGCCAGCCUCUUCUUCCUGGGCCAGGCUUUCACCAUCAUGCUGGUGUACGUGUGGAGCCGCAGGAACCCUUACAUCCGCAUGAACUUCUUUGGGCUUCUGAACUUCCAGGCCCCCUUCCUGCCCUGGGUUCUGAUGGGAUUCUCUCUGCUGCUGGGCAAUUCCAUCAUCAUUGAUUUGUUGGGAAUUGCAGUGGGUCACAUUUAUUACUUCCUUGAAGAUGUUUUUCCCAACCAGCCCGGAGGGAAGAAGUUGCUGCUCACUCCAGGCUUCCUGAAGCUGGUAUUUGACACUCCUGAAGAGGAUCCCAACUACAACCCCCUUCCUGAGGAUCAGUCAGCGAACCAGCCAGCUGCUGACCAAGACCAGAACCAGCAACCACCACCUCAAUAGUGGGGGAGAACCUGCUCUCCCCCACGUGACCGAACUCUUCUCCUGCCUGCUGGACUGAUACUGUGCCAUGGACAGAUGCUGUCUGAAGAACAGCUCCAGUCACUAGAUUAGUCUGUAUUACCAUCUCACUGUUCCCUGGGGAUAACCUAUUUCCCAAGUUGUUCUCUGGAGUGUCAUUUACAAACUGAAGGGAGUGAUGUAGAUGUGGGUGUACAGAAGUGGUGUAGGGACAGGGUCGAGGCUGGCCCCUGGCUACAGUAAAUCCCACAGUACCCUGGGCCUCAAACGUUCUUCCUAGUCUAGUUCUGCUACAGCUAUGCUGUGUGCCAAGUCACUUGUCUCCUCGGUACACCCACUAGUAUGCCCUCCUUCCCACAAGGCUCCAAUUGUUGCUUGUGCCAUGGAGGUGCUUGAUGCUCUAGGUCACACUCAGCUGUAGUAAUGUGUACACCCCCCCAGGACUGGAGAAUGGCUCAUUGCCUGGGUUCUGCUCCUUCCCCUUCCAUUCUCCCAGCUUCUUUACAUUAAAAUGUAUAUUUUUCAAAGGUGUAGCUGUGCCUGGUAGGGCAAGAGGCACCCAGGGCUGUUAUGCAGAACCGUUAUUACUUAGGCCCUGGCCCUCAGCCAGGGCUUCAUUCCUAGGUGCAAGUUAUUUCAAAUUCUGCUCAAACCAAGGGAAGACCUAGACUAGUGCACUUGCCCAACGAGGGAAGGGCCCCACUGCCAGGACAGACGGGAGCUUGAGGGCUGCAUGGAAAGGAAAGAAGCAGUGCGGGUGCCAGACAGGCUGAGGGAGACGCAGGAUAUUUAAAGACAGCAGCAAGACCCUCUUAACGCAAUGGUCACAGUUUUGUGCCAGGACCUGCCUAAAGGCUCAGAGCUGAAAGGCUUCCAGUCUCCUCUAGUCGUGGUACAGUGACGCAUGUUAAAUUACUAAAUUUAAUCAUGACAAAGUUUGCCCCUGUACAGCCAAGCAAUAAGUUUUAGGCCUUAGCUACAGCCACCAAGUUGCAUUGCUUUAAAAGCCCACUGCGUUACACCACUGCCAAGGCCUGUGAAUUACAUAUGAAAGCUAAACAGGUUUCACCUACUAAAGUUCCCCACUGAGCUGAACCAGUUAACAAGGCUGAAUAGUGUGUGUCUGGAUCAGGCUUAAGUGUUUCUUUCAAAGCACAAAGUUUAUAUUAUGCAGCCAUCUUUGGGGGGCUGGCCUGUGUCACAGUGCUUUGCAAGCCUCUAACCAACCAGAGUCACUGGAAUCAAACGGUAACUAGUAGGGAGUUAGCUGAAGCAAAAUGGUGCAGGAGCCUUAAGGCAAAGGAAACUCAGUCCCCAGCCCAUCACUUAAUUCUCUGCUGUUUAUGUCAAGUGCUGCUACCAGAGGAGAGGCUGAAGCCUCCUGACCACACAGUAGGCAGAGUCUGACUACCACUGCCUGAAAAAUCCCUUGUAAUCAAGCUCCAUUUAAGGGAGGGGGGAGGGGGGCACAAGGAGAUUUACUCAUGGAGUCACUGAAAUUCUAAGCUUAGCAGUGUAUAAAUGCAGCUUUUGGCUGUAGGACCCCCCCCCCCCCCCAUGUUAGAAUAACCUGUUGAUGAAAGGUAAGCAGCAAAGAGUAGCAGGGGGACAGACAGUUGGUCAGUGUAAGAGUUAAGGCUGCAGGGAUAAAGCUGCUGAGUUUGCAAGUUCAUGGCUUCUGCAAACUCCCUGCCAGCUGAAUUUUUAUUCUUCCCUCCCCCCAGACACAGAAACCUAUUAGCUUUCAAACAGCUAUGACCUGGGGCUGCCAUGGUGCAAGAUGAAGCAUAAUCACGCUAAAAGGAGAUUUCUGACAAUGCUAGAAGCGUGGGUGGACUAUGCUGGAAUAGGGUUUACAGCUUUCUUUAGCACAAGGACCAUGACACCAGUGUCCGGUUGGCAAUGUAAUCUGCGCUGCUUGCAACAUUUUCUCUUGGUUUUCCUGGAGGAGGAGGAGUGCAAGCUCCAGCAAAGCGCCAACAAGCCAGCAACUUGGCUUUGAUUCUAUUUAAAAAAAAAUAAAUAAAAAGCUGACAAUUUGUAUCUUGUUUAAAACAGCCAAAUUAAACUCCUCCUGGGAAAGAGCA